AUGAUUUCCGUGUUUCUCUCACGAAUUGUUGUGCUCACAGCCGGCACCCUCUACCCUGCAUACCGAAGCUAUAAAGCCGUCAGAACGAAGGAUGUAAGAGAAUAUGUUAAAUGGAUGAUGUAUUGGAUUGUUUUCGCUUUCUUCUGCUUCGUAGAAACAAUUGCUGACGUCAUUGUUUCAUUUUGGCUACCGUUUUAUUAUGAAUUAAAAAUUAUUUUCGUUUUAUGGUUGUUGAGUCCAUGGACCAAAGGCGCUUCAAUCUUAUAUAGGAAGUGGGUACAUCCAACAUUAACGAAACACGAAAGAGAUAUUGAUCUGCUGCUCGAACAUGCCAAGUCUGAAAGUUAUAAUCAGGUAAUGCGAUUAGGUAGCAGAGGAAUAUUGUGUGCUCGUGAAAUUAUUGCAACUGCCGCAUUGCGAGGACAAGCACAGCUAGUACAACAACUGCAGCGCUCAUAUAGCACCAGCGAUAUUAAUAGGGGAUCAUCAUCGUCAAAACUGAUCCGCGUAACGGAAAUCCAGGAAGACGAUGAACACGAAGGCAGUGAUACUGUAGAUGUUUUGGAAGGAGAGAUUACUGCCAAUGAAGAACGGGAUGAUCGAAGUGAAGCAUCAGGUGUGCGUCGUAGUUCAAGGCGUCGAAGAUCGCCCACAUCGGAAACAAUUUACAAUACAUUACCGCGUCGGACAACACGUCAACAUAAAUAA